CCCGUAGCAGCUAAGUAAGCUAGUGUAGGGACUAGGGACGAAACUUCGACACUGGUACACCACCGUCGGCCAUGGAGUACACCUCAAGAAGCCUCUCGCGCUGGCUGGCCGUGGUCGGGGCCCUCCUGCUCUCAUCAUGCUCCCCAAACACGUUGGCCGCGGCGGCUCCCCAGAUCAGCCUGGCGCAGCAGUUCGUGGUGCCGCAGAGCCACCUGCGCGCCAUCCGCGGCCUGCGCCCGCUGCGGUGGAGCGACGCCCUCGCGGACCAGGCGGCGCGCUUCGUGGGCGACUGCGGCGCCGCGUCGGCGGGGUUCGUCGCCGGUGUCAACAUGUUCAGGGCGCGCGGCGCCGCGUGGCAGCCGAGCGACGCGGUGGCGGCGUGGGCGGAGCAGGCGGAGCACUACGACUUCGGGUCCGGGGCGUGCGCCGCGGGGAGGCAGUGCGCGCAGUUCAGGCAGGUCAUGUGGCGGGGGAGCCAGGAGGUGGGAUGCGCCGCCGUGGAGUGCCCCUCCGGGGAGACGGUCAUGGCCUGCCAUUACGAGCCCCGGGGCAACGUCUUGGGACAGAGGCCAUUCUAGAUCGAUAUGUCAUUUUUUGAUCUGAUGAUCCACCAGCUAUCUAGGUUUCUCGUUGCGACGGUUGCACUUUCGAUUUUGUUUAUCCAGUAGUACUAGCUGGAGUAGUAAUUUUGUUAGAUGAGCGUCAAGUGGUUUAUGUAUGCACGGUUUCUUCGUGUGUUAUGUGCAUGCCAUCCGACUCUCUCCAAUCCCGGUUACCACGUUGCUCGGUUGUACGUAGUAGUACCGCAUUGAUAAGAAAUGGUUUGUCAACCUAGCUAAUGUGCCACUA